AUGGCAGCGGUUACAACAAAAAUCAAAAUGACUGAACCACUCGUGGUUGUUCGCAAUCCUCAAAUCAUGGAAAGAAUGAGACAGCGUCGCCAAAGCUGUGCAGUGGAUGAUGAGAAAUUCAAAAUUGAUCAUCACCAUCAUCACAAACAUCAUCGUAACAGUACAACAAUCUUAUUGGAUAAGUUUGAUGAGCAUCAGUUGCCUGAAAUACAGGCACUAUUAGCUGCAGUGCGCAAGGCCGCUGAAGCAAGAAGGAAGCGUUAUUGA